UCAAGAAAAAUAAUGAGUACAGCGUAGUAGACUAGUAAUCGUCACUCCUGCCGAAAGUUAUUCUCAAGCGAAAAAUGAAUAUUCCGUUUCUAAUGAAUUCCGAGCAUUUAUUCAUUUAUCUAUUUAUAUGUAUUGGACUUGUAAGGAGGCUCAGUACGGGAUGUUUGCGCGAUGACAUCGUCGAGCGCUUUUAUUACACGUCCGAGAGCAGUGCGGAGCAGCCGAUGCACUACGAGACCGACGUGCAAGUGGAAUUACUAAUAAUCGGGCGCAAGGUCUCGUGGAUGGAGGCAAGGAUGCUCUGCCCGUUGUACAGCGACCAGUCUUCGAAAGCUUCGUCCAUCGACCUCGAGGCCCUACUCGCGAAUCCAGCAAGGAUGAAAUACUUGGCGAAAAGACGCGGCAAAACGCGCAACAACACCCUGGCUGUUAUAACCGACGAGGACCAAGCGAACUGGCUCGCGCGAAUGCUAUCCGAAUCCAAUUAUCGUUACGACGGUCUCUGGAUUGGCGGUUAUCGGAAAAACAAGACCAACGGCUGGAGCUGGAUAAGCGAUGGCAAAUCGAAGGCCAGCCGAGUCCCGAAGAAGAUCCUCUUCGAAAGCUAUCCGUCGUGGUACCACGUGUCCUCCAAGAUCAGCUCGCAGCAGAAUUGCUUACUCUUCAAUAGGAUCGGCCACGACAUACCCGUUUUCAUACCGGAAAAUUGCCAGCUGCGCCGGCCCUUCAUUUGCCUGCGAGACGUGAAGCGCAAAUUGGCGGACAAAAUUUCAGAAAGCUCGAGUAUCACCGUCGAUGGCUAUCGUUACACCCUGUACAGCGUUGUGGACGAUAAUGAGGUUCAUUAUGUCAAUACGGGCACGCAAAGGCUCAAUGGCGGCGGUAUCACGUGGAAGGAUGCUAAUAUCGAAUGCAAAAGGCGAGGAAAGGAGUUGGCGAUGAUUUUCUCCAACGAUGCCGCAACUGCGAUCGCGGACAUGAUGCUCAAAAAUCGACCAUCAAUGGAGAAUGUAUGGUUGGGCGGUUGGAGCUUAGAUGGCGGGGAUUGGAUUUGGGUACCAACAGGCUCGAGCUUAUCAAAGGUGAAAUCAAGAUCGAGUCAAUAUCCACCAUGGCUCGAGGGUCAUCCAAUAGUCAAUUCGCAGUCAGUUCAUUAUCAGAGAUCGAGUCGUUGUCUGAUUCUGGAUCGGCAUCUCUGUCCCGAACAAGUCGCCCCAGUUUUUCUUGAUCUCGAUUGCGAGAAGGAGAGGCCCUUCGUAUGCCAAGAUGGCAAAAUCAAGGACUGCCCAAUGUGCGACAUAGAUUUUAAUAAUGCACAACACGAACAAAUGUCAAGAAAUUCUGGAAGAAGAAGUGCAAUUAAUAACGAAGAAUUUGAAUUUUCCGAAGAGGACAUGACAUACGAGGAUGCCGAAAAUUACUGCACUAAUCGGGACGGUCAAAUAGCUAAUAUUCUGAAUUCUAAAAUAUUGUCAACCUGUCUGGAAAAAAUGUCCGAACUAGCUAUAAGCCAUGUAUGGGUCGGUGGACGGACGGUGAAGAUGGACAACGAGUGGUACUGGGUGGAUAGUAACGGGAAUGAACUGUCGGCAAAAGAAAUCGGUGUCGGAGGAGACACGUGGUGCUUCGGCGAUCAGAACGGCCAUUUGCCCAAGGCCGAGCCCAACAGCUGUCUCAACCUCGACUACGAAUCCCGUGGCUAUCCCCUCUUCUACGGUCUGCCCUGCAACUCCUCCCAGAUCGUUCUCUGCAGAAUGCCCUUCAACAGGAGCCAGAAUCAAGUGACGGAAGUACGGCCCGACGAGGUCGACACGCGGAUAAUCGGCAGCUUACACGACCCGGUCAACAAAUACGCCAACAAAGCUCUAAACACCAUCAAGGAAAUAUCCCUCAUUGGUACCGACACUGUCUCCAACAUCAUAAAGCCGAAUAACGAGAGGAAGAAGAAAGGCAAGAGCCCGGAGGCCGAUUCGAGCGCGACGACGCACCCGGCCAACCCGGAACCGACCAAGGAAACGAACAAAAAUCACAAGGACAAUAACGAGGCCGAUGGAAAGCCGAGGGAGACACAAACCGAGACGACCGCCGCAUCUGGGGCCACUACCGACACCGCGAAUCCGAUGUCGGUUACCACCGAGUCCGGGGACACGACGGUCGCCCCGACGGCAGCUCCCGAGGCCGUAACCACGAUGAAGUCCGCCGAGACCGAGGCUGCGGUGUCGACGACCACCGAGUCGAGCAGCAAGUAGUCCGGGCCUCGAUGACUCGGCAGGCCGUUUAGACGCUUACGGGAUUGGGACGCUAAGCUUCCACGGCCUCCUCUUUAAUCCUUAAUUCAAGGAAUAGGAACAGCUUUGUAAUCGUUAUGGCUAGAGAUUGCCAUUUCUCCUGUCUUUUUAAUGCUCUGGACGUAGCGGCCAAGUGUUGCUAUAGAACGAACCGAUGUUCCCGAGCCGCGUCAAUGAUUAUUCUCUCGUGCUUUAGUACAAUCUCUCGACCUGUAAUCUUUUAACUGAACAGCCACGUUACCAAAGUCAAGCGUCACAAUGUCCAAAGCUUUUCAAUCACAAUGCGAGAAAAUUGGCAAAAUUCUAGUUACGCAAGCACCGCUAUAUACCUUAACAGCUUAUUCAUAAU